AUUCAGUUUGCUUGUAAUGUGUAAUGCGGGAAGGUGUGAGAGAGAGGGGUUCACUGUCUCCUCGUGCCUCAGUCUUCCCCGCACAGAAACUUAUUAAUGAUACCAGGGGGCUUACAGUCACCUCGGGGGGUUUCUGCAGUCCGAAGCAAGUCAGCUCUCUAUCUGUUAUUGGGGAAUGAACGACGAGAAAAGCCCGGAUAACGGCAAGAGAAACUCUGGGUAUACCAGUAUUGAGCAAAUGCUGGCUGCGAACCCCGGGAAGACGCCCAUCAGUCUGCUGCAGGAAUAUGGAACGCGGAUAGGCAAGACUCCAGUGUACGACCUGCUUAAGGCUGAGGGUCAGGCCCACCAGCCCAACUUCACCUUCCGUGUGUCUGUGGGCGACAUCAGCUGCACCGGCCAGGGACCCAGCAAGAAAGCUGCCAAGCACAAAGCUGCCGAAGCUGCCCUGAAAAUGCUGAAAGGAGGAAUGCUGGGAGGGAUCGAAGGAAAUGGGAUGGAGGGAGAAGGGUUUGUCGGAAUUGAUAUGGAGGGAGAAUGCUCUCAGUCAGAGAUGAAAUCAUCCAAUUCAUCACAACAAGCUGAGUGCAAUCCAGUUGGAGCUUUGCAGGAACUAGUAGUGCAGAAAGGCUGGCGUUUACCUGAGUACACAGUCACACAAGAAUCUGGACCUGCGCACCGGAAAGAAUUUACAAUGACCUGCAGGGUGGAGAGAUUUGUUGAGAUAGGUAGUGGCACAUCAAAAAAGCUUGCUAAAAGAAAUGCAGCGGCAAAGAUGCUCUCUCGUAUCCAUGAUGUACCAGUGGACAUGCGUAGCAGCCAUGAGGCCGAAGCCGAAGAAGACACCUUCAAUUCGCAAAUGGGCGGCAGACUUGAGGGAGGGAAGUGUAAAGGUCUGGGCUGCACGUGGGACUCUCUGCGGAACUCGGCUGGAGAGAAAAUCCUACAGUUGCGCUGCCAUCCUCUCGGCCAGCCCGACACCAAUGACUCCAAUUUCUGUUCUCUCCUUCAUGAACUUUCUGAGGAACAACGCUUUGAUGUCAGCUACCUGGACAUAGAGGAGCGCAGUUUGAGCGGCCUUUACCAGUGUCUGGUGGAGUUGUCCACACAGCCGAUUACCGUCUGCCACGGAUUUGCCCCCAGCCUGGAUGCGGCACGUGCCAGCGCUGCCCACAAUGCCCUUCAGUACCUCAAGAUCAUGGCAGGGGGGAAAUAAGCCAGAGCAACUGCUCACCUGUAACUUUUUUUUUUUCCCCUUCUUUUUGUUUCCCAGGGUAAAAUAGGAAAGUCAGGUGAAUUGAAGUUUUACUCUUCUACCACCAGUUCUGUGACGGGCUUGUUUGUUUGACACAGUAGAUGCACUACAAUGGUCUGCAAAACAUAAUGGUCUGUUGAGUCCCAGUUGGAGGACGUACUGAUUGCAUCAUUUUCUCCUUGAAUAUGACACAAAGUCUACCCUCGCUCCACAGUGCCUCCAAACAAAGACUGGGUACACUAUUCAUGUGAAACCUGAGGACAAUUUCUACACAAAUAAUUUGCCCAGAAGUCUUCAACUUUUAACUUUCCCUCUGAUUUUCUUUUUUCAUUUAAAUUAUGGCAUAGAUACUGUAUGAACUUGAUGAAUUGAUUAAACUAAAAUAGACGGCAUGACUUUU